AUGAAAUACACCAAUAUUACAACUAUAAAAGAGUUCAUUAUCACUGGAUUCCCUGGACUUCCGCCUGAGUAUUAUGGACCAGUGUCUGCUCUUCUUCUGCUUAUUUUCCUAGGUAUUGUGGUUGGCAAUUCUUUCAUUUUAGCUGUUAUUUUGUAUGAGAGGACUCUUCACAAACCAACAUACGUGAUCUUUUUUCACCUUGCAAUGACAGACAUUUCAUUCGGCAUUGUGACUCUUCCAAAAAUCAUUGCUAUAUAUUGGUGGAACGACAUGACGUCUUCAUUUGGAGCCUGCUUUACACAAAUGUAUUUUGUUCAUUCUUUGGGAGCUGUUAAUUCUUUAAUUUUACUGAUUAUGACUUUGGAUCGCUUUGUUGCCAUAUGGUUUCCUUUUCGAUAUCCUGUUGCCAUUACAAACAAAACUGUUUUUAUUGCUUGUAGUGUGUGCUGGGUUGUUACUUUUAUACGUAUGCUGGGGCUUGUGCUUCACGCCUUAACUUUGCCCUACUGCAACCUAAAUAUCAUCACACAGUGCUACUGUGAUCAUAUAUCAAUAACUCAGCUGGGAUGUGGUGAAAAUGUUGCGUAUGUUAAAACUGUUGCACUUGUAAAUGCCUUGAUCAGUCUUUUGGUUCCUUUAUCAUUCAUUAUUUUUUCUUAUUUUUCUAUUAUCAUAGCUGUUGUGAAAAUGUCUCACUCUGAGAGGCGCCACAAAGUCCUGUCCACCUGUGCUCCUCAGAUUUUUAUUACCUGCCUUUAUUAUGUGCCAAGAUGUUUUGUUUAUCUCGCUCACAAUUUGGGAUUCAGUUUGAGCAAUGAUGCCCGCAUUGUAAAUACCAUGAUGUACAGCCUCAUACCUGCUGUAGUUAAUCCAAUCAUAUACUGUUUCAAGACUAAGGAGAUUAAGAAGGCUUUGAUACAGAGAUUUAGAAACAGAAAAGUAAGCAUUGCAAUUAAAAUUGAUCAUAAACCUAAUAUUAAGUAA